UGUGUGGGUGGAACCAGCUGUCUGUACAAAGAACAGCAUAAAGCCCAGCAGCACGUUCAAGGACCACUUCUCCGGCGGGGGAGCGAGGCGCGAGGCAGCCGGGGCUCCGGUCCUCCCCGCAGCAUGGGGAAGCGCAGGCUCCCUCAGCCGAGCCUGGUCCUGCUGUCCCUGCUGCUGCUGCUGCCGCCGCCCACAGAUGCUGCCUCAUCACAAAAGCCCAUCUACAUGGUGUUGGUCCCCUCCCUGCUUCACACAGGCACCCUCGAGAGGGGCUGCCUCCUUUUCAUCCACUUGAACGAGACAGUGACAGUGAAAGUGUCCGUGGAGUCUGUCCAGGGAAACAAAAGCCUCUUCACCGAUCUUGUGGUUGACAAGGAGUUAUUCUACUGUGCUACCUUCCUUACCCCACAGUCUUCAUCCACUGAGGUGAUGUUUCUCACUGUCCACGUAAAAGGAGAAACUCACGAAUUCAGGAAACGGAGCACGGUGCUGGUUAAGAGGAAAGAGAAUCUGGUCUUUGCUCAGACUGACAAGCCCAUCUACAUACCGACACAGACAGUGAAAUUUCGUGUUGUUUCAUUGGAUGAAAAAUUUCGUCCCCUUAAUGAAUUGAUUCCUCUACUGUAUGUUCAGGACCCCAGAGGAAAUCGUAUCGCACAAUGGCAGAGUGUCAAGUUAGAGAGUGGCCUCAAACAGUUGUCCUUCCCCCUCUCCUCAGAGCCUCCUGAGGGCUCCUACAAGUUGGUGAUACGCACAGACUCGGGCAGGACCAUAGAGCACCCCUUCUCUGUGAAGGGAUUUGUGCUUCCCAAGUUUGAAGUCAAAGUGAAAGUUCCAGAGACAAUCACCAUCCUGGAUGAAGAGAUGCGUGUGUCUGUGUGUGGCGAAUACACCUACAGGAAGCCUGUUCUGGGGCAUGUGACUGUAAACAUCUGCAGAAGGUCCAGUGAGCCUUCUAACUGCUUCGGUGAAGACUCGCUGGCUUACUGUGAGAAACUCAGUGAGCAGCUAGACAACCGUGGCUGCUUCUCUCAUCUACUAAAAACCAAGGCUUUCCAGCUCAAGAGGCAAGAGUAUGAGAUGCAGCUCGAAGUGAGCGCCAAGAUCCAAGAACAGGGAACAGGUGUGGAGAUAACCGGAAACGGGCUCACUAAAAUCACAAGAACCAUCACCAAACUGACGUUUGUGAAUGUGGACUUGCAUUUCAGAAGAGGAAUUCCAUUCGUUGGACAGGUCCUGUUGGAGAACGGGAGAGGUGCCCCUAUUCAGUAUGAAAUGAUCUCCAUCAUAGCAAAUGAAGCAAACCAUUACUUAAACGCUACAACGGAUAAGGAUGGCCUGGUGUCGUUCUCCAUCAACACGGACAACAUCAUGGACACCUCCCUAACUGUCAGGGCCAAGUACAAGGAUAACCAUGUCUGCCACGGGUUCCGAUGGUUGACAGAGGAGCAUGUGGAGGCUCAGCACACGGCCAGUGCUGUUUUCUCACCAAGCCAAAGCUUGGUGCACCUGGUAUCCACGCCUGGCGAACUGCGCUGUGACCAACGGCUGCACAUCCAGGUGCUUUAUAUUCUAAACAGGAAGGCUGUGCAGGAGCUGAAGAAGAUAGUCUUCUAUUAUCUGCUCAUGGCAAGGGGAGGCAUCGUUCGCUCAGGGACUCACGUGCUGCCUGUGGAGCCCGGAGACAUGAAAGGCCACUUCUCCAUAUUUAUCCCGGUGAAGACAGACCUGGCUCCUCUGGCUCGAUUGCUCCUUUUUACUGUUCUGCCUGGUGGAGAAGUAGUCGCAGAUACUGUCAAAUAUGAGAUUGGAAACUGUCUGAACAACAAGGUGACUUUGACCUUCCACCCAAAUAGCAGUCUUCCCGGCACCCAUACCCUCCUUAGCGUCAUGACUUCUCCUAAUUCCCUCUGUGCCCUGCGAGCUGUCGACCAUAGCCUGCUGCUCCUGAAGCCUGAGGCUGAGCUCUCUCCAUCCUUGGUUUACAAUCUGCUACCGGUGAAGGACCUCACUGGCUUCCCCCAGGGUGCUGACCAGCGGGAAGAAGACCCUAGAGGCUGUAUCAAGCAAUACGACAUCUACAUCAAUGGGAUACUCUACUCCCUGGUGGAGAACACCAGUGAAGAGGACGUGUACGGCCUCCUGGAGGAAAUGGGCUUAAAGGUUUUCACCAACUCAAAGAUCCAUAAACCCAAAGUCUGUGAACGGCUCGAACACACUCAAAGAGGACCAGCUGCGUACCAUCUCGUAGGCCAAAACCUCAUGAAUGAUUUUCUAGUGGCUCCAGAGUCUCCCAAGGAGACUAAACGGACCUACUUCCCUGAGUCGUGGAUCUGGGACUUGGUGGUUGUGAACUCCUCAGGAGUGGCUGAAAUGGAAGUGACAGUCCCUGACACCAUCACUGAGUGGAAGGCCGGGGCCUUCUGCCUGUCCAAUGACACUGGACUUGGGCUCUCUCCUGUGGUUUCUCUCCAAGUCUUCCAGACCUUCUUUGUGAAGCUCACGAUGCCCUACUCUGUGAUCCGAGGAGAAGCCUUCACGCUCAAGGCCACUGUGCUGAACUACCUCGAAAUGUGCAUCCGGGUUGCUGUGGAACUAAAGGCCUCUCCCUAUUUCAUCGCUGUCCCGAUGGAGAAGGAACAAAAGUCUUACUGCAUCUGUAUGGAUGAGCAGUAUACAGUGUCCUGGGCAGUAACCCCCAAUUUGUUAGGACAAGUAAAUUUCUCUGUGAGUGCACAGGCUCUCAACUCUCAGGAGGUCUGUGGGAAUGAGGUGCCAGUGGUCCCUGAAUAUGGAAAGAAAGAUUUGGUCAUCAGGUCGCUGUUGGUUGAACCUGAAGGUCUAGAGAACGAAGUGACAGUCAGCAGGCUGCUUUGUCCAUGGGGUGCCGAGGUGUCUGAAGAGAUAUCGCUGAAGCUGCCACCAGGUGUGGUAGAGGACUCUCCUAGAGCCUCUGUCACAGUUUUGGGAGAUAUUUUGGGUUCUGCCAUGCAAAACAUACAGGAUCUCCUCAAGAUGCCCUAUGGCUGUGGAGAACAGAAUAUGGUUCUGUUUGCUCCUAAUAUCUAUGUCCUGGAUUAUCUGAAUGAAACGCAGCAACUGACUGAGGAGAUCAAGACCAAGGCCAUUGACUAUCUCAAUAUGGGUUACCAAAGACAAUUAAACUACAAGCACCAGGAUGGCUCCUACAGCACUUUUGGGGAAAAAGCUAGCAGGAAUCAUGGGAAUACCUGGCUCACAGCCUUUGUACUGAAGAGUUUUGCUCAAGCUCAAAAAUACAUCUUCAUCCAUGAAGCACACAUCACCCAAGCCCUCAUCUGGCUCUCCCAGCAGCAGCAGGACAAUGGCUGUUUCAGGAGCUCCGGGUACCUGUUCAACAAUGCCAUGAAGGGAGGAGUUGAAAAUGAAGUCACCUUGUCUGCCUAUAUCACCAUGGCUCUCCUGGAGAUGUCUCUCCCUGUUACGCAUCCUGUUGUUCGUAAUGCCCUCUUUUGCCUGGACACAGCCUGGAAGUCAACAAGGAAAGGAGCUCAUGGCAGCCAUGUUUACACUAAGGCACUAUUGGCCUAUGCUUUUGCCCUUGCUGGUGACAAAGACACGAAAAGGGAGAUACUGAAAUCACUUGAUGAGGAAGCUGUGAAAAAAGACAAUUCCAUCCACUGGGCCAGACCUCAGAAACCUGCAGUACCAGUGGGCCUUUGGUACCAACCACAGGCCCCCUCUGCCGAGGUAGAGAUGACUGCUUAUGUGCUCCUCGCUUAUCUUACUGGCACACCAGCUUCAAUCCAAGAGGACCUGACCACUGCGAUGCUCAUUGUGAAGUGGCUCAUAAAGCAGCAGAAUUCCCACGGCGGCUUCUCCUCCACUCAGGACACAGUAGCAGCUCUCCAUGCUUUGUCCAAAUAUGGAGCAGCUACUUUCACAAGAUCUAGGAAAACUGCACAGGUGACCAUCUACUCUUCAAAUGUAUUUUCUACAAGAUUCCAAGUGGACAAUAGCAACCAGUUAUUGCUGCAGAGGGCCACAUUGCCGAUUGUGCCCGGAGAUUACACUGCUCAGGUGAUAGGAGAAGGAUGUGUCUACCUCCAGACCUCUGUGAACUUCAAUGUUCUCCCGAGAAAGAAGGAGUUCUCAUUUGCUCUAGUGCUGCAGACCCUUCCCCAGACUUGUGAGGAUCAAAAAGCUCACACCAGCUUCGAGAUCUCACUUAAUAUCCGUUACACUGGCAGCCGUUCCAACUCCAACAUGGCAAUUGCUGAUGUGAAGAUGGUGUCUGGCUUCGUUCCCUUGACACCGACAGUGAAGAUGCUUGAACAGUCUGUACAUGUGAGCCGGAUAGAAGUCAGAAGUAACAAUGUCUUGAUUUACUUGGAUAAGGUGUCAAAUCAGACGCUGGCCUUGUCCUUCACAGUUCAGCAAGAUAUUCCAAUAAAAGACCUGAGGCCAGCCAUAGUGAAAGUCUAUGAUUACUACGAGAAAGAUGAGUUUGCAGUCACUGAGUACAGUGCUCCCUGCAGCACAGGUUAUGGAAAUGUCUGAGGACAUCGUGAAUAAAAAGUGUUUUACUAGAGCCCUGUUCUUACAACUUCAUAAGAAAAACAGUGUUUUUGUACUUCCAGAG